AUAAAUGAUUUCUGUGCUAUCAAGAUGGCGAUCGACGGAAGGAGAGCGUUUUGGCUGAGUUUUGGAGUUUUGUCUGGUAUUGGGGUGACAUACUGUGUGUCUGAGUUGAGGAAGUUGCUGAGAGAAAGAUGUACAAGACGACCUCUUUCUCUUCUUGAAGAUGCGAUCCAGUUAGAAGAUCUCGCUACUUUAGCUCGAUCGCCUAACUUGUCUCUCAAACGCAGCGCCGAGCAGUUGAUUCUAGACCGAGCUAUGAAGGACAAGAACUUGGAAUUCAUUAUGAAUGCUUGCUUUAGUUCAGAUGAAGUACAAGUCUUGAAAGGAAUAAUUGUCAUCGGGGUACUCGUCAAAAGUACUGAUUUUAGGAAUAAACUACUUCAGUUUGAUGUACUAGAAACGUUAGCUUGUUGUCUUGAUCACUCGAUAGAACCAGGCUAUAAGAUGUUAGCAGAAACUGGAGGCAGACAUGUUAAACUACAGAGAGUCAUAUCGUCAUCUCUAUUCGACUUGCUCCGUGAUGAUGAUACCCUCAAGAUUCGACUGGGUAACGCUAGCUCGAAGAUUGUUUCAUCAGUUCUGCAUCUGAUGUUCGCUUCUCCAAGUAAAGAAGUGAUGAAAUGGUGUAUAUUUGUCACGCAUCAGUUAGCUCUCAGUGACACGGUCCGCCCUCAGCUGUUAGCAAAUGAUGGUGUUAGUAUAGUUUCUCAAGUGAUGGUUAGGAAUCAAGGAGAUAACGUCUUGAUGACGCUCUGCCUACAGACCUUAGUCAUGUGUGCUAAUGUUACUGAAGAAGGAGAGAUACAGGCUUUGCACGAAAUGGCCAGCCAUAACAUUAUACAGCCAACUGUAGCAUGCUUAAAAGCAGAUGACAAUGAUUUGGUCUACUGGGCAACAGCCUUGAUUCAUGAGUACUCUGUCAAAGACCUUUACAAAUCACAAAUCUGUGCYGUACCAAACAUUGUCAAGCUACUUCAAUCUGUGCUGUCUACCAGUGAGGCCAUUCUACAAAGAAUUGUCCUUCGUGUUAUCAGUUUUCUUUGUGUUGGGAACCAAGAGUUCAGGAAUAAAGUUCUGCAGUGUAAUUCUCUUCUUGCUCGCUUGACUGUGUGUUUUGCUUCUGGUGAUCAUGAUGUUGUUCACUGGGCUGUGGUUCUUCUUCAUGAUCUUCUGCUUUCAUCAGGUUCUUCAAAUUCAUCGUGUAAACAGACAGCUGAUAGGGUUGUCAGUGUGUGUGAAGGCAUCAUCAAGUCACUUGUUCCUUUAGCCUACCGGAAAGACAACAUACUAAUAAGACUAGUGGCAGAGAUCAUUGGAUUCUUUUGCUCUGUGGAUUUUCCUUCAGAGACACUUCAGGAUCACCUGAUAAAUGAUGGUGCCCUGGAAGCAGUCCUGUCAUUCCUACAGUCCAACGACUCUGACCUCCAGUACUGGUCUUCAGCCUUGCUCCUUAACCUGUCUAUGACCUCYGAUAGUGUCAAGGAAGAGAUCAUUCGGUUAGGAGGGAUUAAACCUCUAAUUGAGCUGGCUAUUGGUGACAGUGAACAGCAAGCUGUAGCAGCACAGUCUGCAAAGACCCUUGUCAUGCUUGGUUUUGUAGACAAGCAAGUAACUGUAACCCUCAAAGCAGCCUGUCCUCGCCAUGGAGACUACUCCAGUAUUGUAUUCGAUGGCAAAGAGUAUUGUGCCAACGAAUGUGGGAUAAACAUCUGCGUCUUAGACUUCCUGACUUACAAGAUUACUGACGUGUUGUCAUACGACACUGRCCAUGACCGGUCAGCAGCUAGUAAACUUGUAGAGGGCAUUUCUUCUAUUCCAUGUGGGACUCUAGUCUUUGUUGCAGUAAAGGGAGAAGCUAAUUACUUCAUGACGGAUGAAGCGAUGGAGGCCUUGAAGGAAAUUGGAAUCGAAGAAUACAGUUUCAGAACCGGUGAACUAUGGGCAUAUGUUGGGCAGAAGAGAAAAGGUCAGGGCCAACAGAUCGCCAUUCAUCGUAACUAUGAAAGCGUUCUCUUGGAAACUGGAAUAUGUCUUGGACGAUACGUGAACGAAUUGAUGCAGAAUAAUAUCUUGCUACCAGUGAUGGAUCUAAUGAUGAGUACGCCACCAUCUAGUGCCAUUAGUAAAGUAUCUGAACUAGAACUGCUUACGAUCAUGGCCAGGCACGAUGACCAUAAACAAGUGAUGGUGGGUGUAGAGGGGUUUCUAGAGUAUCUCGCUGAGCUAAUCUGGAACGUGGCCAGUUCAUCCAAUGAAUACCUCCGUGAGCAUCCCAUGUUUUUAGCUCACAGUAUCGGCGCAUUGAAGAUCAUUAGUGGCAUCAGUAUAUCUGAAGUGUUUCACGAUGAACUUCUCAGUUCUGGUGUCCUUGGUGCUGUUCUGUCUUUGCUGUAUUUUGUUAAUGGUAGCUUCUUAAACAAGGUCAACCAAGCCGCUGAACAGGUAUUAUCUCCCCAGCAUUCUGCAAAACUCGCUCAUGACACAGAAGUCUUUGAAGAACAGCCUUCGAAAGCAUCUUUUCUGAACAUUGCAGUUUCUUCUGAAAGCAAAUCGCAUGCGCAGCAUCUUGGAGACGUAUCGUUUGACGAGGGCAAGAAAUCAGCUUCUCCAGUAACUCACUCGGAAAGCAGCUCCACUCCUGAAGACUUUGAAGAUGCGUUCUCCUCGUUUGUUCGUUUGGCUAUCACCACAGUGUACAACUGUAUGAGUUUGUUCACUGGAGUGGACGAGUGCAGAGAGUCCCUUUUUCAAUCUGGAACCUUACAUACUUUAUGGUGCACACUGCUGACCAGUAAUGAAUCAACGCUCUCUCAGAUUGGGCUGCCUGUGGAAACUCUACUGAACAAUAUUUCUUGUAUAGUUUCUUCAGAAAAGGACAACCUAGAAAAUGUGGUAGAACUGGACGAACGCCUUAAGACCCCAGCUGUUGUAUUAGGUACAGACAAGCUCGAGGCUUACAACAUGAACUGGACGUUUGAAAGCGUUCGAGCCACGGUGUGUGUUGGACGAUCACGCUACCCAUCUAGUCCUCACCCACUGGGCUGGUACUAUGAAGUGGUUCUGAAGUCGAGUGGAAUACUGCAAAUAGGAUGGCAGACUGAAGAGUGUCGCUAUGGUCCUGAGAAAGGCGUAGGUGUUGGCGAUGACAACAGUUCAUGUGCCUUCGAUGGAGCUCGCUGCAAGGUGUGGAGUGGCCCUCCGAGUGAACAUCAGAAUAACGAUUACGGCAAAGAAUGGCAAUAUGGUGAUGUCCUCAGUUGUCUAUUUUCCUGGGAUGGAGAGGUAUCUUUCUGGAUAAAUGGUGUUGAUCAGGACGUGGCGUUUAGUAGUUUGAAUUCCUACUUCAAUUGGUACCCAGCUGCUUCGCUAGCGAUGGACCAGCACUGCGUAUUUAACUUUGGCAAUAAGCCUUUCAAAUACGAACCGCCAGAGGGCUACGUUGCAAUUGUCCAUGUUGUUAAAAAGAAGCCCACAGUGCGCAUGGCUUCAUGUUGGGCACCGCUGAAAGAAAGCUUUGAGAAUAUUGCAGAAGAGGAUCGAUACCAAAGUGAAGACGUGUCUACCAAGAAUUCCAGUGUUCAUGACUCAGUCCAGUCGCCAGCGGAACAUGUUGAAUCUUCGCAGUUUACCAUUGAGCCACAUUCCCCUACACCCGAAGAAAACCCUGUGAUUUCAGCGCAAGAAGAAAUAUUACCAACUGUCCAGGCAACACCUUCCUCCUGUGAGGAAUUACCAGGUAUUUCACCUACUUCAGGUAAUGACUCAGAACCCGAGAACCACCAAACUGAAUGGAUGAACAGUGUGUCCACCCAUGCUGUAGGGAAGAAGAAGCACAUACCUGUCAAACUUCAAGUACCUGUGACUCCAACCUCUCAGACGUCUUGGGAAGAAGCAACUAGUGUAGCAGGCAGUUCUUCGUGGUUCCAAUUUUCUCCAAGUGAAUCUCUUAAUGCAGACAAUGAUACACCUUCCUUCCCUUGUCUGUACUUUGAAGCAGACUUAAAAAAUGCUCCUUCCAAAGCCAGGCAAAUGGGAUUUUUCAACCCUAACACAGGAGACAAGAUCUAUUGUGACUUAUACGAUGGCCAGUUGUAUCUGCCAAAGACAUCUGUUCAUUCCCCAUCGAGUCAAGAGUGCUACAAAUGUCCAGAGGUUGUUGGUUGUGGCAUCAUGUGGCCGGCAGGUGUCGUGAUCUUUACUCUCGAUGGUGUUGGAACUGGCCAAUAUUAUCCCUUCCCUUCAGAUAGACCUUUGGAAAUCCAUAACUUAUUGCCUUAUAUAUCAUGCUCUAGAAUACGCUGCAAUUAUGGACAAAGUCCUUUCCUUUUUGAAGGAGCCAACUUCAAAGAGGUUUGCUAUGCAGGUGCUAAUUUAUUACAUGCCCAUGGGCUUAGUGACCAAAUCAAGACUAGGAAUAGCCAGCAGAUCUAAUACAUUUACAAGAAUAUUUGCAUUUAGCCAUUCUUUCAAGCUGAGAAUCAGAAGGGGAAAAAUGCUUGGAAGUUUAUAGAUUCGCUUAAACACACAAUUACACAUACGCCUAAUUAAAAAAAAAACGUUGUCGGGUUAAAAGUCAAUGUUUUCAGUAAUGAUUCUACGUAAAGUGAAUAUUUGAAUGGUAAAAUAUUUUCAAAUGAUUUGAGUGAUGUAUCUUGAAGAUAUCACAUUUUAUACUUCCAAUAUGAUAAGUGUGAUGUCUGCCCCAGAACAGUUUUGUAUAUUUAAUAAUGCCUAUAAUGGCAUCACACUAAUUAGCAUAUUGGAAGUAUAAACCUAGAUAUCUCCAAGGUGCACAACUCAAAUCAUAGGAAAAUAUUUUACCAUUCAACUAUUCACUUUAUGUAGAAUCAAUACUGAAAAUAUUGAAUUUGGUGUUAUAGGCACUUUAAUUUAGCCUGUGAGAUUUUUUCGAGUUUCCCCAUGGCCAGAUGCCAACGUGCAUCAUUUUUUCCAUUUGUUUUCAUUUUUUCCAUUUUUUCCAAGGAAUAGAGAAUGCAYGCUUGUGCUGUGUGCAGUUAUAAAGCACGCAGGGGUUGGCAGAACAAGUAGCAUGAUGGUGUGUGCUGUGUGCUCUCAUAAAGCACAUGCUCCCAACCAAUCAGAACGCAAGAUUCAUAAUAGUUAUUUUAUAAUGUGUGAAUAUAUACUAACAGUGUUUGGUGUGCAAAAGUUAAUAUAUUCCAGAAUGAUUACUAUUUUAUUGAUGUAAUUUAUUUUUGAACUCGUUUAUGAAGAUCAAUUAAAAGAAGAUAAUGACAUGUUUUA